AUGGCGCAGGAAACAUAUGAUAUCGUUAUCGUCGGCGCUGGCCCAGUCGGUCUGCUGCUGUCCCUUUGCAUGUCGCGAUGGGGUUACAAGGUCAAGCACAUCGACAACCGCCCCGUGCCGACCGCCACCGGUCGCGCUGAUGGUAUUCAGCCCCGUUCCACCGAGAUUCUGCGCAACUUGGGUCUGAAGCGCGCGAUCAUGGCCUACGAGCCCGCUAAGGUCUAUGAUGUCGCUUUCUGGGACCCCAAGUCUGAUGGAACCGGUAUUGGCCGCACUGGUAGCUGGCCCAGCUGCCCUCGCUUUAUCGACACUCGCUACCCUUUCACCACUCUGGUUCACCAGGGUAAGAUUGAGCGCGUGUUCUUGGAUGAGAUUGAGAAGACUGGCAACCGCGUGGAGCGUCCCUGGACCAUUACUGGUUUCAAGAAUGACGGUGCCAACGCCGAGUACCCUGUCGAGGUUAACCUGAAGUGUCUGGAUACCAACGUCAUCGAGACCGUUCGCUCCAAGUACCUCUUCAGUGGUGAGGGUGCCCGCAGCUUCGUUCGUGAGCAGCUCGGAAUCAAGAUUCACCACAAGGACCCUAUCGCCUACGUCUGGGGUGUCAUGGAUGGUGUUGUCCGCACCAACUUCCCCGAUAUUGAGACCAAGUGCACCAUUCACUCCGAUGCUGGCUCAAUUAUGGUUAUUCCCCGCGAGGAUAACAUGGUUCGUCUCUAUGUCCAGAUCGCCUCGUCUACCGAUGCCGACUGGAACCCCCGCAAGACCGCCACCGCCGAGGAGGUCCAAGAGCAUGCGAAGAAGAUUCUCCAGCCCUACUGGAUUGAGUGGGAUCGCGUUGAGUGGUACUCUGUGUACCCUAUUGGCCAGGGUAUUGCUGAGCAGUACACCCUGGAUGAGCGUGUCUUCAUGGGUGGCGACGCCUGCCACACUCACAGCCCCAAGGCCGGUCAGGGUAUGAACACUGCCUUCCACGAUGCCUUGAACAUGGCCUGGAAGCUCCAUGCUGUUGAGAGUGGAUUCGCCGACCGCUCCAUCUUGAGCACCUACGAGAGCGAGCGCAAGGACAUCGCCGAGACCCUGCUUAACUUUGACGCUAAAUACGCCGCUUUGUUCUCCAAGCGCCGCCCUAACGCCAGCGAGGUCUCUGCUAGCAAGGCUGUCAGCUCUGAGGCUGACGCUGAGGAGGAUGAGUUUGUGAAGACCUUCAAGUCAUCUUGCGAGUUCACCAGUGGAUACGGAGUUGCCUACAAGCCCAAUGUCUUCAACUGGGAUGCUAGCCACCCCGCCAAGUCGGCUCUGUUCGACAUCCCUGGUGUUAAGUUGACUCCUGGUCGUGCUUUCACUCCUACUAUGGUGACUCGUCUUGCCGACUCCAACUUUGUUGAGCUUGAGCAGGAAGUCCCCGUCAAUGGAUCAUUCCGCAUCUAUGUCUUCGCUGGUAACCAGAAGACCACCAAGAAGGCCAUUGCCGACCUUGCCGCCAACCUCGAGAAGGAGCGCUCUUUCCUCUCAGUCUACCGUCGCUCCGACAUCGCUGAUGUCUCCUUCUUCGAGCGUCACAACCCUCACUCUAAGCUCUUCACCAUCUCCGUCAUCUACGCUGCCACCAAGAACGAGCUCGAUGUCGAGUCCAUUCCUCAGGUUCUCCGGGACUACCACCACCACCUCUACGCUGAUGACAUCCCCGAUGUCCGUGUCCCCAACGCCAAGUACUCUGCCCACGAGAAGCUUGGUUUCGACGCUGAGAAGGGUGGUAUUGUCAUUACUCGCCCUGACAGCCACGUUGCCUGCACCAUCCAGCUGGUGGAGGGUUCUGGCACCGCUGAUGCUCUGAAUGAGUACUUCAAUGCCUUCUCUAGCAAGUCUCUGGGCCAGGACUCUCAGCAGAGCCGCCUGUAA